UGUAUGUAUUUCUCAGGGGAAGAGAGCAAGGAAAUAGCUUUCGAUGAUCCUGCCAGUGAGUGCAUCAGGAUCAACCCAGCACUUUUUACAAAGGUACAGAACGAUAAUGAGCAAAAUGCCAGGGUCUUAUUAGACACUCAUUUAUUAAGGAUCCGUAAUUAUAUACCAGCAGAUGAACUAUCUCUGGAGAAAAUAGAAAGAAUAGUACCCAAGAGUGAUGCGUCAGUAUCGGUUGAAACAAGGGCAUCCAUACCGCUCCUUAACUUUGUAACUAAUCUAAUGACUACAGCAGACUUUAAGGAGAUGACUUCUGAUGAAUUCAAAACUAGCUACCUCGCUCCACUUGAAAAUGCCCUUAAAGGAUCUCAUAUCAGUACUCGCUUAUUAUCGCAGGAUUAUAGAUAUCCAUUUGGAGAUGCUACAAAUGUGGAAGGUGAUAUCCAGGAAUACUUUGAUCAAAAAAUAGCGGAUUCGA